AUGUCUGCGCUCAUUUCGCAUAGUAGAGGAACGAAGGAUCCUGACAAACAGAUGAACCUAGACAUUAUACGGCUUCGUGGGACGAACAUUAGCGACAACGUCUUGAAAGACGGAAGAGAGACAGACAUUGUUAUUCCUGUUAUGGGUCCGACUGGUGCUGGAAAGAGCACGUUUAUCAACAUCGUUCUUGGGAAGGACCAGCUCCAAGUCGGCCACAGCGUGAACUCUUCUACGGUUCAACUUGCUCCAGUCGUUGUCGACCUCGCCGCUCAUUCUUCCGAACCUGCGGAAUCCCGUUUGAUUCUCGUUGAUACACCUGGGUUCGACGAUACCUUCGUGGACGACGUGGAAAUUUUGAGGCAGAUUGCCAACUGGCUUGCUGCCUCUUAUCGGAGACGUAUGCCGAUUGGUGGCGUUCUCUAUCUUCACGAUAUAUCGCUCAAGCGCUUCACUGGGACGGCACGGAGGAAUCUAGAGAUGUUUCGUCGCUUAUGUGGCCAAGACGCACUCCCGAAAGUCAUUGUUGUGACGACUAGUUGGAACCUGGACACCCUGGAAUCCCGCGAGCGACGCGAAGUGCAAAUGAAGUCUAUUCACUGGAAGCCCAUGAUGGACGCAGGUGCUGAAGUCCGCCGGUUUGACGGAACCUAUGGGUCUGCUUGGGAAAUUGUGAAUGUCUUCCUCCAGCGUGCGGCGAACACUCGCCGAGACGCUCAUCUGAGGAGGAUUGUCCCCCUUCAGAUCCAACGUGAGUUGGUGGACUUCAAACUGUGCAUUCCGCAGACAGACGCUGGAAAGGUGCUUCUCUCGACUCUGGAAGAGGCCCUCCAAGCACACAAGACGAUCCCCGCUCUGGAAGAGGCUGCGGAAGCCGGAGAUCCCAAAGCAAAGGAGAAACUCGACGAAUUGCAGGCGAAAAUCCGCGACCUUCAAAGGCAAAUGCAAGCUCUUAAAAUAUCUCUUCCGCAGCGGAUCCUUCAGUGGUUUCGCAUUCUGCAGCAGUGA